AUGUCGUCGCAGCCGCCGAUGGACGUCCGGUCCGUAGGCAGCUGUGUUGCCGCAGUCGUGGCCGCAUAUCAUGAUGCGGCGAAGCUGGUCAAACGCAUCCAGUCGACCACUGCCGUUUCUACUACGUCUUCUACUUCUUCUACGACGGCGACGGCGACGGCGACGGGAGAUGCAAGCAAUACGGCUCUGGUCGACCUUGGGGAUUCCCUCAUGCUCGGCCCUCCGAUCGUCCAGGGCCAGUACGAAGAGAAUCUGAUGCGACUGGGCAAUGCCUACGCCAAUGGAGACCAGAACGCACGCGAGACGCUCAAGGACGUCGUUAUCAAUCUACAGUUGACCCUGCUUGGGACCCUGCGCAUGGCCCUGCUAGACAAUCUAGAGCUGGACUUUGACGUCCUCCAACGCGCAUCUGACGAGAGUAGAGUGAAUGCGUUAAUCUGUCUCUUCCAGCUCGGCCAGCGUCUCAGCUUGGGCAGCCCUACUACACAUCCCAAGAUACCGUCAGUCGCCAGCUCGGCGCCGCCGUCGAGCCCCCUACCGAGCCUCCCAGAUGCAAGUAGCAACAGCCAGGCUGUCGAACCCGUGCCCUCGCCAGAUCUAAAGAAACCUCCUCCCUUAUUACCCGUCUCUCCUCCUCGAAGGCCGCCGAAGUCGAUAUCGUCCACCGAUCAGGGAAGCCGAGCCUCGCGAGACAGUAGCUACAUGCACCAACCCCCGCCCAGCAGCAUCAACCCCGUCUCACCACCUUUGAAGCCACAGCCUAAUAACAACUCCAACCUCAAGGCUCCCCCGCAUAAUCAUAAUCCUAACCAUGGUCUCAGGACGCCGCCUGCUCGACUGGCCGAGUUGCAGGGGUCACAGCCCAUGAUCAGAGAAGAGUCAAAUAAGUCUCCCAGCAUAUACAGCGUUCUAUCAUCCAACAACUCCAGCACCAAGGGCGUCGAAUACCCGGACCGCUCUAAAUUCAGCCAGACCAGUGAUCCCCAUAUCGAACCUGAUCAAAGCGCCGUCGAGCUGAGUGCCGGCCGCUUCUCUCGCACCUCGUCCUCUCGAUCAAGCUCCAACGAUCCCCGAAGAAUACCUCACCCGGGAACAGAAAGACACAUGUCUCUUUCCUCUUCGUCACAAGGAGGCGGAGGAGGAGGGGGAGGAAGUAAGUCCUUGUUCAAGUGGAAGUCCUUCACCCGCUCAUCGGCGAGUAAGAGCGCUAUAGAGCAAGCCAACCCACCACCACCAGACCUCUACCUCCCCACGGAAGAAAACAACUACGCGGGCUUCUGCAAGGGUGCCUGGCGCCUUCAAUACAGCAUGAAGAACUCAUUCCGUAUCGACAACCGUCCUGUAGGCAUGUAUAUGCUCAUAAGCUCCUGGCAUUGCUCCAAAUGCUCCUUCGAAGGAAUUGUCCAGGAGUCUAAAUUCAGCGGCAAAGCCCCCGUUCUCCCCGCCAUGCUAGGCCCUGUCAAAACGUCCAUUAUCCAAGGGAUGCGUGUUCUUCAGAUGUUCGACCAGACAGUUCACUUUCACGGGCCGAGUGGGAACCGGUACCGCUGGAUCUUCCUCGCCAAGUCGCACGUCGAGUGCAAACCAAGCAAGCCGACAGAGAAGCCUGUACACGGGUACGGGUGUAUCUUCUGCAGCUCCCAGAACCAAGGGCCUGCGCCGAUAUACGGGAAUCUAGACACCUUUAUGGAGCAUUUGCGAGAACAUGGAGGGAGGGGGUAUGCUUGGGAUAGGAAGAAGCCAAGUCAGCCACUUUUGGACUGGACUAGGUGUAUUCUGGGUCGUAUUGCUGAUGACUCGGAGGAUUUCGAUAUCAACAUACCCACCGUGGCGGAAGUAGGGGGAUAG